UAGAUAUUGAAAUAACCUCCUCUACAUUCCAGACUCUGCUGCAUUCCCCCGUCCAUCAUGAAGAAGGAAUCCUCCCAUUUCUUUGAUUGAUCUCGUAUUCCUUCGCUGGCCGUAAUUUUCCCCCCGCUCUCACUUUCUCACCGUGCGGCUUAGCAGAACCAACACUGCCUCUUUUUCCCCCUCGAUUUGACUCUUUGUUUUCCAGUCAUCUUUUGGUCUGUCUUUUUGGUUUUUUUUGGUUUUCCAUUUUUACUUCUGAAUUUCUUUUUGUGUUUGGCGAAUUCCGACACUUUCUCCUCUUUCCCCCCCCUCUUAUAUCUCCCUCCAGAAUUGUCCCCCUAAAUCAUUCACAUGGACCUGAUGAGUUCCCGGUUAAAGUCCUUUGGCUUUGGGAAACGCAACAAACAUCACUCCCAACCCGUUGUUGCUCCUCCACCCCAGCUUUCUCCUCCACAACUUUCCUCUCCCACCACCUCACCCGACGCCUCCGUCUCCAGUGGUCAGGCCAGCACUCAUACCCUCGUCGCCGCUCCCGCUUCCACCACCUCUCCCAGUUCGCUGCCCUCCGGUCACAGUUCCUCCUCCACCAGCCUCCCCAUGAAUAACCAAAAUCAACUGGGUCGCCCCCCCAGUUAUACCUACAACACCGCCGCCCGCCCCACGAGUCCCAUGCCGCCCGGUCACCACCCGCCCCCGCUCAACACCAACAUGCCCUACGCCCCCCCGGGCGCAACCCAUAUGGGUGCGCCUCCCGGCUAUGGGAUGCAACCCCCGGCGCCCCAUGGCAUGGCCCCGGGGAUGCCCCAGGCUCAGCAGUACCCCAUGCGCAAUCCCGCCGUCGAGGUUGAAGGUGCGGGUCGGAGUAAGGCCCAGCUGAUCGUGGGGAUCGACUUUGGCACCACCUUCUCCGGUGUGGCCUUUGCGUUUGCCACGAACAACGAGGCGAGGGAAGAUAUUAUCACAGAAUGGGCUGGGGCUGGGACACACACCAAACAAAAGAUCCCCACCGUCCUGUACUACGACCAGUACCAGAAGGUCGUGGGUUGGGGCCCUGAUAUCGCCGAUGCGCUCGCCCCCACCGGUUAUCCAAAGCAAGGGGUGCAGAAGGUCGAGUGGUUCAAGCUGCAGCUCAUGCUGUCCGGCAACACCUACAUCGACCCCAUCAACCUCCCGCCCCUGCCGCCCGGCAAGUCCGAAAUCGAUGUCGCCGCUGACUACCUCUUCAAGCUGCGCCAGGCCAUGCGCGCCCAGCUGCAGAAGACGCUGGGUGAGGUAUUUACGCGAGAGGAGCGCAACAUCCGAUACUACAUCACCGUGCCGGCCAUCUGGAACGACGCCGGCAAGGCCGCCACGCGCGCGGCCGCCCUCCAGGCGGGGUUCUUGCGGGACGAGAACGACAACCGUCUGACCCUGGUCUCGGAGCCCGAGGCCGCCGCCAUCUUCUGCGCCAAGACCGGUUUGCUGAACCUGAAGGUCGGCGACGCCAUUCUGAUCGUCGACUGCGGCGGUGGUACCGUCGAUCUGAUCGCCUACGAAGUCGAGGAGGAGCAGCCCUUCAGCGUCGCCGAAUGCACCGCCGGAUCGGGCGACUCGUGCGGUUCGACCGCGCUGAACCGCAACUUCAGCAACAUCCUGCGCGCCAAGAUCCGCAAGAUGAAGCUGCCGGACGGAUCGCGCACGGCCGGCAAAGUCUACGCCAAGUGCAUCAUGGACUUUGAGAACCGGAUCAAGGCCGACUUCCGGAACAACGGGCAGAAGUGGGCGGUGGACGUGGGCAUCGAGGCGGACUUUCCGGAUGCCGGCAUCGAGGAGGGGUACAUGACGUUCACCAACGAGGAGAUCCUGCAGUGCUUCGAGCCCGUCGUCAACCGCAUCCUCGAGCUGGUCCGCAACCAGAUCAUCGCCAUCCAGGCGCAGAACCGAUCUCUUCAGAACGUCCUCGUCGUGGGUGGUUUCGGUGCAUCGGAGUAUCUGUUCCAGCAGAUCAAGCUCCACGUGCCGCCGCAGUACCAAGCAAAGGUGGUUCGGCCGAUGGAUUCCGUAGCCGCCAUCGUCAAGGGCGCCGUGACGGCCGGCAUCACGGAACGCGUGGUUACGCACCGUGUCGCGCGUCGCCACUACCUCAUGGCCACGCUGCAGCCGUUCAAGGAAGGUUACCACCCGGAGCAAUACCGGGUCCCCAGUCUGGAUGGCCGCGAUCGCUGCAAGUACACGCGGCAGAUCUUCGUCCAAAAGGGCGAGCGGGUCAAGAUUGGCGAGCCGGUCAAGGUCAGCUUCUUCCGACAGGUCGCGCCCGGUGCGACCCUCAUGUACGAGGAUAUCUUGUACGCCUGUGAUGAGGAUGUCUGUCCUGAAUAUACGAAGGAUCCUCGCAUCAAGGAAGUCGUCACUCUCACCUCAGAUCUCUCGCGCAAGAACCUCGAAACCGACUUUGAACGCAUGGACACACCCCAGGGAACCUUCUACCGAGUCUACUUCGACAUCUACCUUACGCUAGACGGCAGCGAGUUCAGCGCGGAGCUGGUCUGCCAGGGCGAAAUCAUGGGCCGAUGCCGCGCCAAAUUCCGGUGAUCAAUCGAGCCUUAUCUGACCAACGAAGCUGCGAGCAAGCUUCAACAAGCAUCCACAAUAAACCCAAAAACCCAAAAAUCCAAUAAAGAAGUGCAGUCCCAGCCCAGCCUCAUCCGACCGAUAUGAUACAAUAUAUUAUGAUAUGAUAUGAUAUGAUAUCAGAUCAUGGGCUCGAGCGAAUAUACGAUCCACAUUGCACAGGAUGGCGUUGCUCUUACUUACUUACCUUACCUUUCAACCUUCUUUCAUUACCUUUAUACAUGUUGAUACGGGGAUGGGUUGUUGAUUUGAGGAGAUGAUGCUUUUUACCCUUUUCUUCGUGGCUUAUAGUAGUUUCCUUUCUUUCUUUUUUCUUCUUCAUUUCUUGCCGGAUACCUUUAUACGAGCUAAGCCGAAUUAUUGAUUUUUUAAAUUUAUUUAUUUUGAUUUAUUGA